AUGGGAAUUGCCGCUAAUCAAAGCAAACAUGUUCUUUCAUAUGGUUGGAUUGGUCGUUAUAAGAAAGAAAGAUGCCAAAGUACAGAGAAUGAAGAAGAUAAUCCGCUCGUACGUGGUAUAAUGAAAUUUUUUUCCAUAGUUUAUCCAUCAGAAGUUACGUACAAUCGUUUAGCUAUUGAAUAUUUGAAGAAAGGUUAUUAUGAUUUAGCACUGGCGAAGUUCGAACAACUUUUAACUAUUCAAAUACAACGUUGUGGUGAUGAGCAAAACGUUGAUGUAGCCAGUACAUAUCACAAAUUUGGUCAUGUUUACGAAAUGAAGAAAGAUUAUGAUCUGGCAAUGUUCUAUUACAAGAUGUCAAUAGAAAUACGAGAACGACUAUGUAACUCAAACGAACAACGUCUUGAUUUAGCUGAAAGUUACAAGGGUAUCGCAAAUGUGCAUCAUCACUACAACGAGUACGAAGUAGCCCUAACAUUUGACAAAAAGGCCUUGAAAAUUUAUUUGGAAAUCAUGCCAAAAGAUGAUUUCAAUACUGCAAAGUUGUAUCAUCGUAUAGGUAUUAUAUACGAGGAAUUAAAAGAAUAUGAAACAGCAUUUGAAAAUUAUGGAAAAGCAUUUGAACUCUACAAAAUAAUCUAUUCGUUUAAAUACGGUCGAUAUAGUGGCAUUCACCACAAUUUACUGAUGAGAGAUAUUAAUCGUCGUCUAUUACGAAUGCUCAGUAUCGUAAAGAAAGCCGAUGCUGAUUUAGAACAAUUAAACAAAUAUUAUAGAAUGUUUAAUAAAGACCAAGAGGAAGAACGUAUCAUGCUCAAGGGUGAAGUUGCAUCAUGGCAGAUUGAUGAUAUAACCAGAUAG